UUAAGAGUCGAAGUUUUCCUCCCCCUUUUCCUCUCCCGCCACGAAUUUUCCUUCCUUCGCAAUACCGGGAAAACAAAUUUCCCUUCCUCACACGUAUCGCUCGAUCAAAUCGGAUUCCGUUUUUCAAACAAUGUGGUGAACUCGAUCGACAGGAAAAUUCCGUUCUUCUCUUCAAAUCAGAUUCCUUUUCACACAAAAAUUCCACUCCCACAAGGAUUCAAUUUUAUCUCUGUUAAUUUUGAUCUCCACGGACCAAAAAUUAGGGUUUAUCUUCUUUUUUUUUCCUUUAAAUUUCUUUUUUUCCCCUCAUUUUGAAACCCUAGGUAUAUAAUUUUUGUUUUAUAAUUAAUUACUUUGAAAUUCGUUGAUUCUUUUGUAUACAAGAGUUUUUUCGUUGAUGGAUUAGAUUUGCAGCUGACAAUAUAUUUAGGGUUCUGUACAAGAAAAACUCAGUGAAAUUUUUGGUGCUUUGUUUUAGUUUGUCAUUAAAAAUUGAGGGUUUUCUUGUUUGAACGAGAAAAGUACCAAAAAAAAAAAAAGAAGAAGAAGAAGAAGACAAAUCUAGGGUUUUUCUAUAGAGCAUAUUACUGUUGUCAUUGUUUUAUUUGGGUAUAUCUGGAAAAGAGAGAAAAUAUAUAAAAUCUUGGGGUUUCUGAGAUGGCCUUGAAUUAUUCACACUGGCCAAAAUUCCCUGCGCACAUUGGUGAAGAUAGUUUGGUAUCUCCCAUGAGAAUUGUGAACGGUGUUCCAGUGAUGAGUGGGGAAGGUUUUACAAGGACGAACCAUGGGAGCCUAGGGGAAACUGAGGAGCAUAAUUUUAGUUGUGGGAGGGACAGUGAUGAUAGGUGUAGUACGCCAGAUUCAGCGUCCAAUGAUAUUGCAAACCUCUUGCCUUCUGACCCCUUCGGGAUGGAUAUAGAAACUACUUUCACAGCCAUCACAGGAUGGCUCGAGGAUUUAGAUGUCAAUUAUGGAGGAUAUGUGAGGAACAACAAUUGUGCAUCCAAUCAAGAUGACUAUGAUCGGUUUGCGGGGUGGAAUUUGAUUUGGAAAAAUGCCUUAAAAUUUCAAUCUCUGUCAAGCAAUGUUCACUUUGACGAGAAACUGAAUAUAGGUAUCCAAUCUCUUGUAAGAAAUCUUCAGGGAGAGGAGAAUCUGAACAGGUGUAUCCACUCAUUUCCAGACAAUGCUCAUUUCAGUGAGAAAUUGAGUGUGGGCAAUGAGUUGAGUCCUUAUAGUGAGGAGAGAGAUAUGGGGGGUGCAUUGGCCCAAUAUGUUAGCAGCUCUGAGGUGCAAUUUAAAGAGAAAGGAGAGGGUGUUGACAGUUGUGCCAAGGAGAAAGUACCCCAUGAAGCUUUGGCCUUUACUCUUAGUUAUCUGGGAAUCAAGGACCUUCUGUCUGUUGAAAGGGUUUGCAGGUCUUUAUGUUCCACAGUCCAAGAUGAUCCCUUGUUGUGGAGGACUAUCCACAUUGAUCAGCCACUCAACGAGAGGAUCACAGAUGAUGUGCUGCUGCAAUUGGCUCGCAGAUCUCAAGGUAGUCUCCAAUGCCUGAGCUUGGUGGAAUGUCCGAGGAUCACAGAUGAUGGUUUGAGGCGUGUACUUGAAACUCAUCCCCAGUUGACUAAGCUGUGUGUUCCUGGAUGUACAAGGCUUACUAUUCAAGGUAUUCUAAAUAAUCUCAAGGUGUUCAACUCUGAUAAAGGUGUCCAAGGUAUAAAGCACCUGAGAAUUGGUGGGAUAUAUGGGGUGACACGUGAACAUUUUGAAGAGUUCAAGCUAUUACUUGGUGCUGAUAAUGACAAGCUCCGAAAUCAUCACAAACCACACUUCUAUUGUCGGGGGAAUUUUUAUAUUCUGUGUGAUGAUGAUCGUGCGAUUGAUAUUGAAAUGUGCCCAAGAUGUGAAAAACUGAGGCUCAUUUAUGACUGCACAGCCAAGGGCUGUCAAGUUGAAGAUCAUGCUGCGCAAGUCUGCAGGGCGUGUACACUCUGUAUAUCAAGAUGUGUGCAGUGUGGCCGGUGUUUUAACAACACUGAAUAUGAAGAAAAUUUCUGUUUGGAAUUGAUCUGCUCAGGCUGUUAUAAGCAGCUGGAUAGCUACUGAGAUAAACUGGACAAAAUGUUGAUCUUCCAAGGAAGGCACUGCCCACGUGCCUAAGUUCUAAUAACAGCCUUCGAUGGCAGGGGAUGUUGCUUAUCCAUUUAGGUCAGAUGUCUGCCUCUAGGAGAUGAAAGUCUGGAAAGACCAUCUGAUCUUGCAGUUCCAGAGUGUGAUAUUUAUGGAACAGGAAGGGAAAAAAAGGAGGGAAAAAAAAAUGUAAAGAAGAAAACGCAAAAAGAAAAGUGAAAAAUGGAAAAGAAAAUGCGGAGUAUGCUUUCUCAAAACUAUAGGAUAAUCAUGACAAUGUCAAAUCAUGUACUCUUCAAGCAUAUUUUGUUCUCAACAAACUGUAUUUUAUCAUCAAUAGGUUUGUCAUUGGUGCUUCUGAUAGUCGCAUCCUCGCUUCCAAGUGCCGGCCAUCAAUUUAUUUGGUGCCAGUGAUUGGACGAUACAAGUCUUGAAGCUCUUGUCUCAUAGAAUCUGAGAUGUUUGAGGAUAUGAUCUCGUUUUGAACAUUGAAAGAUCUGUUGGAAUUAGAAGUAUUUUGCAGGAUCUUUCCUGCUUUGAUCUGUAUCAAGGGAUGUCUAAGAAUCGUUUCAGAUGGAGAGGACUGUUUCUUUGCAGCCCGUUGGUGCAUUCUGUAUGCCGUUAUUUUCUGAUUUGAUUGUUAAAAUGACAUUAUACUAUAUUUGCUUGCUGAAUGAGGCGUGUAAACUCUAUUUUCUUGGUUAUA